AUGAAGGCCACCACUGCCUCGCUGCUGCUCGCCGCGCUUUCUGCGACAACCACCUCCGCCGCCCCCGUCGUGGACGAGACCUAUCCGUACACAGGACCAGCUGUACCUGUUGGCGACUGGGUCGAUCCGUCUGUCAAUGGCAAUGGCAAGGGCUUUCCGCGCCUUGUCGAGCAGCCCGCCGUCAAGCCCGCCAAGAAGCACCCUACCAACAACGUGAACGUCAUCUCGCUUUCCUAUCUGCCCAACGGUAUCAACAUCCACUAUCAGACGCCGUUUGGCCUCGGCAAGGCUCCCAAGGUUAGCUGGGGCACCAACCCGAGGAAACUUGACAAGGUGACCAAGGGAUACUCUCAUUCGUAUGAUCGUACUCCGUCGUGCUCUGAAAUCGCCGCCGUCACCCAAUGCAGCCAAUUCUUCCACGAGGUUCAAUUACACAACCUCAUGCCCAGCACUACUUACUACUAUCGCAUUCAUGCUGCCAAUGGCACAACCGAGUCUGAUGUAAUGAGCUUUGUGACUGCUCGUCCGGCGGGAACUUCUGGUCAAUUCACCGUCGCCGUACUGAAUGAUAUGGGAUACACCAAUGCUCAGGGGACCUUCCGAGAACUUCAGCGCAUGGUCGACGAAGGAGCCUCCUUUGCCUGGCAUGGAGGCGAUCUCUCAUAUGCGGAUGAUUGGAUGAGCGGUGUCUUGCCCUGUGAAGACUCGUGGCCGGUUUGCUACAACGGAACCAACACCGAGCUCCCCGGUGGCGGACCGAUUCCAGACGAAUACAAGGUGCCUUUGCCGGCUGGCGAAAUUGCCAACCAAGGUGGUCCUCAAGGUGGUGACAUGAGUGUGUUGUAUGAAUCCAACUGGGAUUUGUGGCAGCAAUGGAUUUUGAAUGUGACUACCAAGAUCCCGUACAUGGUUCUGGCUGGUAACCAUGAAGCCUCCUGCGGCGAGUUUGAUGGACCUGGCAACCCUCUUACGGCUUACCUGAACGACGACGAGGCCAACUCUACUGCCGCCAAGUCUGGGCUUAACUACUACAGCUGCCCGCCUUCGCAGAGAAACUUUACUGCUUUCCAGCACCGUUUUGGGAUGAUUGGCGAGGAGUCCGGUGGUGUUGGCAAUUUCUGGUAUUCUUUCGACUAUGGUCUGGCUCAUUUCAUUACUCUCGACGGCGAGACGGAUUUUGCCGACAGCCCCGAGUGGCCAUUGGCUAGAGACAUCAAGGGUGACGAAACUCAGCCUAAGGAAAACGAAACCUACAUCACUGACAGUGGCCCGUUUGGCAACGUUGACGACGACAAGUUCGAUGAAAACACCGCCUACGAGCAGUACCAGUGGCUCAAGAAAGACUUGGCCAAGGUCGAUCGCUCAAAGACUCCAUGGGUCAUUGCGAUGAGCCAUCGUCCAAUGUAUUCGUCCCAGUCUUCGUCUUAUCAGGAAAAAAUCCAAGCUGCUUGGCAGGACCUUUUCCUGGAGCACGGAGUCGAUGUCUACCUCGCUGGGCAUAUCCACUGGUAUGAACGUUUGUUCCCACUUGGAAUUAACGGAACUAUCGACCAAAAGUCGAUUGUCAAUAACCAUACCUACUACACCAACCCCGGCAAAUCCAUCACCCAUCUCAUCAACGGCAUGGCUGGCAACAUUGAGAGCCACACCACCUUGAGCGAUGGCGAAAAGGUCGAUAACAUCACGGCCGUUCUGGACCAGGUCCACUUUGGCCUGAGCAAGCUCACAUUUUAUAACGAGACUGCGUUGAAGUGGGAGUUUAUUCGUGGUGACGACGGGUCUGUUGGCGAUUAUCUGUACUUGUUGAAGGACAAGUCGCCCACGCCCCCUGACACGUGCGAGCGGGACUAA